GAAUUCUCUCCUGUUCUCAUGUUUUCCUAAAUCAUAUGAUUUGCAAUUUUUUAAUUUUGUCAACUUUUUUUGUAACUUUUCUGGACAAUUGCUCUUUUACUUUAUCUUUUCUUGCUUAGAAUUUACUUUUUUAGUUUGUUUUUAUCACUACCAACAAUGCAAGCAACACUAUUUAAUUUAGGAAUUUUUGACCUUUUUUUUUAUAUUAAGAAACAAAAUCUUUUGCAAUGUCUUUGACACUAUUUAAUUCCUAAAUUAAAUAGUGUAAAGAUAUUGUAAAAGGUUUUAUAUAUAUAUUGCAAAAGGUUUCAUUCAAGAACAACCUGAGAAAAAAAAUUUUUUUCUCUUAUUGUCAUUGUUAUUGUUAAAAAAAUUGAAAGAAACGAUUACAAAUAAAAAUUGCAUUUCCUUUGGAAGGUGAAAACCAUGGGAUAAAGUGAUACAAGGUUAGAAACUUCUACAAAACAGUUGCUUGAUGCAGUUUAUGCCUGCCCAAGAUGAAUACUUUUAUAGAUAUACUAUCUCUAACUUUUACUCAACAAGAGGCCCUUCAGGUAUUUAAUCUGUUUUCAAUCUGAGUAACAUUUCUUACGUUCACUUUUUACAUUCUUCUGAGUAACAUUUCAUUUCAAUAGUCAUGGAACAUCUAUGUUUUAUGUGCCUUGUAUAGUCAUGGAACAUCUAUCUAUUAUGUGCCUUGUAUUAAUACAAGUAAUGGUAUUUGUAAUAUCAUACAUUUAUUUUAUUAUUAAUUGUUUUUUAUUAUUAUUUACUUAUCUUAACUGUCAGGCUACAAAAAGGUUAUUAUAUGGUAACCAGCAAACAUGUAAUGAAGCUUUGUUAAAUAUACAAGAGACCUUUCCAGAGUUUUAUACAUACUUAACAAAUAACUGGUUGAUGAUGGCUGACAUGUUCAUGGGCUACCGCAGAAAAGGUCUACUCCACAUUGAUAAUCACGCCAAUAACAGAUUGGAAUGGUAUCACAGAACUUUAAAAGAUGUUGGUUUGACAUCGCGUAUGUCACCAGGUAAUCUUAUUAACAAAAUAAUAAAGGUAAAUAGAGUUCAACUUGAAAAAUCAAAACAUGCUGAUUUUGAUCAACGUCUUAAAAUAAACACUAAACUUCCUGAAUGUUUAAAAUUUUAUGCUCAUACAAUCUCAUCAUUCAUUUUACAACAUAUGGUUGAACAGUAUAAUUUAAGUCAAAAGGAAGGAUAUAGUUUACAAGAGGAAAAUAAUUGCUUGCAAGUUAGAUACAAUGAUUGUUUGUUUCCCCUUCAUAACUGGACUUGCCAAUGUGAUAAUGCUACUGGUUAUGGAGUUCCAUGCUCUCAUGCUUUCUUUGCUAUUAGAGAAAAAAAUAUGAACUUAUCUGAUCUAGAUCUUAUUCAUAAAAGGUGGUUUGUUCCUACCCAUCAAAUGGUAAAUGUAAACCAAGGGGACAAUUUAUCUAAUUCAUGCAUGACAUUUUCAAUUCAACCAGUGGCAUUAUGCAAUUCCACUGUUAAGGAAAGAUAUAAUACAGCUUUGAGCCAUUUGCAGCCUUUGGCAUCUAUCUUGUCUGAAUUUACACCAAGUAAGUUUGAUUUAGCUAUUAAAUGGCUGGAAUCAGUUUGCCAACAAUGCAUAUCUGGAGAGUGGGAACUGCAGGUUCAACAGCACCAUUCUGAAGAUGAUGUCAUUUCAGAAAACAAUUUUGAGACUAAUGUUGAAAUAUUUCCUGAAUGUUCUUCUGCAACAUUAGAAUGUGUUUUGCCUGUAUCACCUCAAGUUUCUCUACAAACAAACUCUGUAGCUACAUCAAACAUUUACCCAACAAUCACAUGUGAGACUCUUCAUGUUGAAAGAUUGCAGACAAAUGUUGAAAUAUUUCCUGAAAGUUCUUUAUCUGCAACAUUGGAAUGUGUUUUGCCUGUCUCACCUCAAAUUUCUAUACAAACAAACUCUGAAACUACAUCAAAAAAUUUUCCAACAAUCACUUGUGAGACUCUUCCUGUUGAAAAAAGGUAUACUACUCGAAUUUUAGAAGACAUUGACAUUGUAUUGCGUAAGCCACAGCGCUUUCCCCCUGGUCGACCAGCUGUAAAAAAACAGAGACUUUUUUACAACGUUACAAAACCCCUUGAGAAACUUGGCGUUUAUGAAAAAGAUUUUAUUCGUUUAACUUAGUUCGUCAAAGAUUCCAUUGCACAGAAUUCAUUACAAAGUGGUAGUAAAAUCUCAAUUAAUGAUCUUUCUUCUACUGUACCUUAUAUCAUUAAUGAUAAAAGAGCUAACUUACAUGAACUUGGACAAUAUUUUGAUGAGUCUGCUUGGGCAGAGAUUGUAGUAAGAUGUAAGAGCACUUCAUCCGAUAGUUGGCCAUGUUAUCAUUGUCAACAAAUUCAAUCAGCCAGUAAACUUCAAAAGUGGAUUCAGUGCGAUCACUGUUUAUAUUGGUAUCAUUACUAUUGUGUUGGUAUUUCAAGAAAACCUAUAGGUCACUGGUUUUGUAUGGAUUGCAAAACCUAAUUGAAAAGAUUAUAAUACUAUAUAUUCAUAUAUGUAUAUAUACAUGUGUGUUUGAAAAGAUUAUAAUACUAUAUAUUCA